AUGUCAGAUCUUCUAACUGAUGAGUUAGGUCAGACAUUUCAAAUAACUGAUGAGGACAAGACAUGCAGGACAAAGGGGAACCAAUGCAUUCUUGCAAACAUCGGGGUUGUAAAAUCCAUAGCAACCUUUCUUUCGACCUCUCUAGGACCCACGGGGAUGGAUAAGAUAUUGCAAAGCAAGGAUGAUGACAUAGUUGUGACCAAUGACGGGGCAACUAUACUCAAGGAGAUGGAGAUGACUGAGAAUCCGAUUUCAAGACUUAUAGUACAACUAAGCGAGUCCCAAGACGAAGAGAUAGGAGAUGGAACGACUAGUGUAGUUGUGCUUGCCUCUGCACUUCUUGACCAGGCCCAGGUUCUUCUUGGGCAGGGGAUACACCCGAUUAAGAUAUCCGAGGGCUUUGAGCUAGCUUUAGAAUAUGCAAUUGAGCACCUGUCUGAGAUUUCUGAGGAGAUAUCUGAUCUAAGGGAAACGAUGAUGAAGGCAGCAAGAACGAGCCUGGGAAGCAAGAUAGUUUACAAGUCUCUUGAGAAGUUUGCAGAGAUAUGCACUUCAGCUGUUCUGAUGGUUGCAGACAUGGAAAGAAAGGAUCUUGACUUCGAGCUAAUCAGCAUUGAAAGCAAGGUAGGGCGGGACAUAUCUGAUACCACUCUUGUCAAAGGGGUUGUGCUUAACAAAGAGUUCAGCCACCCUCAAAUGAAGAAGGAGAUCAAGGAUGGAAGAAUAGCACUUUUAAGCUGUCCUUUUGAGCCUCCAAAGCUGAAGACUAAGCAUAGUCUUGUGAUUUCUAAUCCUAAGGAAUACAAGGAAUUGGAAGAAUAUGAGAAAAGAAAGUUUGUAGAGAUGAUAGAAAGUGUCAAGAAGAGUGGAGCUAAUGUUGUGAUGUGCCAAUGGGGAUUUGACGAUGAGGCCAAUUCUCUUCUGAUGGAAAACGACCUGCCUGCCGUAAGAUGGGUUGGAGGGCAUGAGCUUGAACUCCUAGCUGUUCAUACUGGAGGGUCGAUAAUAGCACGAUUUGAAGAUCUGGAAGAAUCUGACAUAGGAAAUGCAGAAAUUAGAGAGGAAAGCCUUGGAACAGAGAACGACAAGAUUGUUGUUGUGGAGAAUUCUGAGCAUAGUAGGGCUGUCACGAUUCUUGUCAGAGGAGCAAAUGAUUUAGUGAUUGAGGAAGCAAAGAGAUCCGUCCGGGAUGCUCUCUGUGCUGUAAGGAAUAUUCUCACCAAUAGCAAGAUAGUUUAUGGAGGAGGGUCUUCCGAGAUGUCAUGUUCUCUUGCUUUGGAAAAGACAGCCGAAGGAUACUCUGGUGAGGAGCGGGAAGCCCUUCUUGGAUUUGGAAGAGCAUUGGAAGAGAUACCACUUUGCCUGGCAAGAAACAGUGGGUACAAUCCAAUUGAAUAUUCAUCUGGCCUUCGAAAGUUACAAAUGGAGAGCAAGAACUCUUAUCUUGGGGUUGAUUGCCUUGGAGUUGGAGAACAAGACAUGAAGGAGCUGGGUGUUUUUGAUGCACUGAGUAGCAAGAUCAGGCAGUUCCAAAUGGCAACACAGCUUGUCACCAUGAUUCUUAAGAUCGAUAAUGUUAUCUCUGAUUUCCACGAUUAA